CAACUGUUCUAUUUUUUACGGGGGCGCAACAGCUGCACGCACGUAGAUUUUUGGCUGAAAGGAAAACUAAGAGCAACGACAGUGGAUACCACCAGAUGUGACAGAGGCUAUAAAUAUCACUGAAAGUAAUGAAAUCCGCCAUCGAUAUCUGCACCAGAGCAUAACCAAAAACGGCAGCAACAACGCAUUUCCCACCUUGGCCAAGUGCAAACCCCAGCAGAUAGGCAACAGAAACAAGCAUCAACGAAAUCAUCGAAUUAUGGCCACAAAACGGCGACCGCUACGCCCGAACCUUGGCACUGCUUCGAGUUCUAGUUCCAACAUGAACUUUCGACCUGGGGGUCCGGACAUAACUCGGUCCGAGGCUCGGGGCACCAGGCCCACAGCAGCCCCCACCAGUAUCCGAGAGAUUCUUGUCAUGGGCGUCAUACAUUUGUGUAAGAAAACGAUUUUCUUCAAUACGGACCUCAAGGUGGCCCUCUACCUGGGCAGCCUGUUCGUGAUAUCGGUCAUUGGGGACUUUGUCCCCUUCCCCAAGACCUACUUCGCGCGCUCCGACAAUCUGUUCAACAUGUACUUUGUGAAGGUGGGCUGGGGCUGGACUCUGCUCUUCGUGGUGCCCUUCCUGGUCCUGUCUGCCUACACGAUCACCUGCGGCGAUCACAAACGGAUGCUGCGCCAUCACUUCCCACGAAUUGUCAUCGCCACCUUCUUCUGGUUCUUCUGGACUAAGCUCUUUAACAUUGUGGAAACAUCCUACGGACGCUGCACGGUCAAAGGCUUCCAGAGCAAGUCGAGCUGCCUGAAGGCCGGACAUCUGUGGCAUGGCUUCGACAUAUCCGGACAUGCCUUCAUCCUGAUCCACUCCAGUCUGGUGCUCAUCGAGGAAGCGCGCCCCAUCAUCAAGUGGGAGACCAUCAAGGAGCACAUCCGCAACGAGCUGCACAAUCGCAGCGUCUCCGAGAACACGGGCACCAAUCCCCUGCGGGGCCUCAACGACGAGCAAAUGCGUAGCCUGCAGUUCCUCUACAAACGCCUGACGCCCAUCAUCCGCACUCUGUUCAUCGGCAUGGCCGCGCUGCAGCUGCUCUGGGACAUAAUGCUGGUGGGAACGAUGCUCUACUACCACCGCAUGAUAGAGAAGGUCAUCAGCGGCAUCAUCGCCAUACUCACCUGGUACUUCACCUACCGCUUCUGGUAUCCCACGCGCGGCAUCCUGCCCGAGGAGCCCGGCAGCGGCACCUUCUACUACCAGCGGGAGACCCAUGGUUUUCCGUUCAAGCGUCCCUCGCAUUUAUCCGGUGCGGCUGGCACCAGUAGCGGCCCCUCUGGUCCCGCGAGAGCCAAUCCCAAUGGCAAAGUAGGAGCAGCGACGAGUGUGCCCAAGGACCAGCAGAUGCCAACAUUUAUGGGCAUGCCGCUGUUCACCAGCCCAAAGGCAGCGACCGCUGCAGCCAGCUUGCUGCAAUCGGCGCAGCAGAAGCGAGAACGGGAGCAGCAGCAGCAGCUGGGAGCGGAGAGUUGAGCUUCGCCCCAAGGGUGAUCCAAACCGUCCUCGCGGGGCGUUCACAAGCAUAGCAGGAAUUGACAAUAGGUGACGGAUUGGAAAUGGAAUUUAUACCAAAUUAUUUUGUAUAUUCAACGUUAAUGAUUGAGAUGUAAAUUAUGAUAUUUAUAGCAGCUGGCACCAUCCAUUUUCUCUCUUUUCUCUUCAUCAUCAUCCCAUACCCCAGCAUCCGCCAUCCGCCAUCUGGUUACCCCUCGUUGUAGUCGUAGCUUUAAGCGUUUAGCGUUCUUUUGUUUCGUGCGUUUAUAUGUGACCAACUUUAACAGUAAAAGGAUUUUGUUAACAA